AUGGAGGUCAUACUGGAGAUGGAUAUCCAUGCCUGGUGCCAAGAUCAAGGCGUAUAUUCUCACCAAAGUGUAUGUAUAGUGGGCAACUACGAAGGUAUCACAGAUGACAACGUACUUAAAGAAGUACAGAGAUUAUGUGGGAUAAGAAAUCCCUGUGUAGUUGACAAGUGGAAGAGUGCCACUGGGGAUAUAUAUGCCAUAUUGAUAACCAACCAAGAAUACCUGGACCCUGCAUUGAUUCCUGCAAAAAUAUUAGUGGAAGGGGUACCCGGCAGAAGAUGGCAAAUAAUGUGGCCUAGUGAAGUUGGAGAGACAGAGGGAGAAGCCCAAGUAGCCAUUAAUGAUAAUAGAACUGAGAGAAUUGAGGGAGACAAUCAGAAUGCAGGGGAUAGUUCUCUGCCAAGAACUACUACAAGUACCAUUACACGUGAAUCUGUAGAGCAGCAAGUGGAGGCGGUAAUGAAUAAAAUGGUCAGCCACUUUGAACGCUGGCACUAUGAGGGAGGAUAUAGAAGGCUCAGAGUUUUCUCUGGCAUAACGCCAGUACCUACUGGAGAAGAAGGAUACGACACUUGGAGAGAGGCCGCCGUGCAACACUCCGAAGAGUGGAGGUGCCCAGAGCACAUAAAGAAGCAGAGGAUUGUGGAAAGUCUGAGAGGCCCUGCUAUGGGGAUCAUCCACACUACACGGAGAAGCAACCCCGGCGCCACUUUGAGAGACUAUUUCAACGCCCUGGAUUAUUCCUUUGGGACCAUUGAAGAUGUAGGAGAUAUCUUGGCUAGGCUAAAUCAGACCUACCAAGAGCCUGCUGGGACCCUCACUAACUAUGUCUACCGUCUAGAUAAGAUAUUAUAUAAAUUGAUGGACAAAGGAGGGAUUGAAGCCUCUGAGAUUGAUGAAAAACUUUAA